AUGAGUUUCAUAUCUAUCACCCCCGAUAACUUUCCUAAAAAAAGUGUGGGCGUCGCCAUUGGAGAAUUUGUGUUGGACUUAGCUGCCAUAGCGAAUGAAGGCUAUUUUCAGGGCUUUGAUGCCAGCUGUUUUAAUGAGUCUACGCUCAACAAGUUUAUGGCUCAAGGCCCUCGAGCGUGGGCCUUGGCGCGCGCGACCGUGCAGCGCCUGCUAUCUGCUAAUGAGCCCAAGCUUCGAGACGAUGAGGUGCUUUGGAAGCGUGCGUUGAUCCCUGCUCAAAACGUUUGUAUGCAUUUGCCGGCCGAGGUGGGUGACUACACGGAUUUCUUUUCGUCGCGCGAACAUGCCACCAAUGUUGGACGCAUGUUUCGCGGAGAAGACAAUGCACUCCAACCUUACUGGCUUCAUUUACCCGUGGGCUACCACGGCCGCUCAUUUUCAAUUAUUGUAUCCGGCACCAAUGUUCGUCGUCCGUGUGGUCAAUUGCAGGCUGACAAGACAGACCCUUCUAAAGGAUCUGUUUACGGUCCUUGUCGUGUGCUUGACUUCGAGCUUGAGAUGGUCCGCCAAACAACCUUGGUGAACCGAUCACAAUGA